GCAGGGGGCGGAAGUUAGUGCUCCCACAUUACAAGGAAAAACGAAGCUAUCGAUGGGGAUUAAACUGUAACGUCUAUGGUCAUACUCAUCGACCCCGCGUUCAAACGGAAUGAAUUACAUCCAUUGGGUUUAUUCCUUGACUUAAUGCGCAGUAAAGGAGGUUAAUGUCGCAGACAGCUGGUAGUUUCUGGGACAAGCCAAAGCUACGAGCAGAAAUAGAGGUUUGACGACCACGGCCAGUGUGAAGGAGCCCUGCUGCAGGGCAGUCUGCGUGUGUGUGCGUUUCUGGUUUUGUAUGUUAAUGAGUGAGUGGCAUAGAAGCUGGGGAUUGUAACGUGAUGCCAAAAUGCUGCUGUCUCUGGGAAUGCUGAUGCUCUCCGCCACGCAGAUUUAUACCAUCUUCACCGUCCAGCUUUUCGCCUUCCUUAAUCUGCUGCCCGUGGAGGCUGACAUCGCUGCUUACUCAUUUGAUAACAAAACUGAAACGUUUGACGACAUGCCUGCACGGUUUGGCUACCGGCUUCCCGGUGAUGGACUGAAGGGCUUCCUGAUUGGUGCCCGACCUGAGAAUGCGUGCCAGCCCAUCGAACCUCCUCCCAGGGAAAACCUGACGGGCGCUUUCAUCGUCCUCAUCAAGCGAUUUGACUGCAACUUUGACAUGAAGGUCCUCAAUGCACAGAAGGCUGGAUAUAAGGCAGCCAUUGUUCACAAUGUGGACUCUGAUGAAUUGAUCAGCAUGGGAUCCAACGACUUGGAUUUCCUGAAGCAGAUAGUCAUUCCCUCUGUAUUUGUGAGCGAGCUGACCGCCAAUACUCUCAGAGACGAUUACUUGUACGACAAAGGAGGACACUUGGUCCUGAUCCCAGACUUCAGCCUGCCUCUGGAAUACUACCUGAUCCCCUUCCUCAUCAUAGUGGGAAUCUGCCUCAUCCUCAUUAUUGUUUUCAUGAUCACCAAGUUUGUCCAGGAUCGCCGCAGAGCUCGGAGGAGCCGUCUGCAGAAGGAUCAGCUGAAGAAGCUUCCCAUCCACAAGUUUAAGAAAGGAGAUAACUAUGACGUCUGUGCCAUCUGCCUGGAUGAAUAUGAGGAUGGAGAUAAACUCAGAGUCCUGCCGUGCUCUCAUGCCUAUCACAGCAAGUGUGUGGACCCCUGGCUAACCAAAACCAAGAAGACAUGUCCUGUGUGCAAGCAGAAGGUGGUCCCCUCACAGGGCGACUCAGAUUCGGAUUCAGAGGAGGGGGACAGCGGCCCCGAUGAGAACGAGGAGGUCUCUGAAAGCACGCCCCUGCUCCGCUCCCAGGCCUCCACCAGCGCCCACUCCUUUGGCACCAUGUCGGGAGCGUCGCCCUCUGAGCAGGACCAGGACUCCUCCGAGUACGAGGACGAAGAGCUGGACAGCAGCGACAGCGAGGAGGAGGUUACCGUGGAGACGGUGGUGGUGCAGAUGCAGCAGCCGUGCUCCGACGAGCACGAUUUGCCCCGAGCUUGACCGGCACGCUUAGCCGACCUCACAUUUACAGAGACUUUAUAGGGGGCCCGAAACAGAUCUGUCAUCUCCGUUCUUCUGUCACUGCUUAUGUCAUACUCCUAUCUUUAGGAGUUCAAUCACACACCGAUGUUUUAACCUGAUUGUGGAUGAAGGGUUGCAACACAAGCCGCCCUGCCGAGUUGAAAGGACUUCAGUACAGCAGACUGCUACACAGUAUUGUAUUUAUUCCUGGAAAAGAACAGAGGUUCCAGACGCACUCAGACGCCUGACAGAGAGCAGCAUACAUACUGUCUGUAUAUAUUAAGAGUAAAUCACAAUAAGCUCCAGGUUAACCCUUGAUUAUCUUCAGUCCUACUUGUAUAUACAUCGUAGAUACACAUUCAUAGAAGAUCGUCCUAAACGGAACCACUAUGCAGCACUCACAUUUCAACUCACAGUAAUACUGUGUUGCCAUUUUAUUUCUAGCCUGACGUCUUGCAGGAGUUUAGGUGCGGCCAUGUUUUUGUGCCACAGUUUCUGUUCUGACUGACAUGUAGGCGAAGCAGAAGACUGGAUAGAUUGACUCAUUUAAGGAAAGAACAGUAAAAAAAAAUGUGCUUUCUAUGAGGCAUCACCACAUUUUCUGUUAAAAUGUUCCGCGCUACCUGUGGAAAAUUAGUUUGGCUGCUGCAGACGCUUUUAUUUUUUAAACAUACUGCUAAAUGAACCUUAGGAACUCGUUCUGAUAUGGUUUGUAGGGAAAGCGCAGGGUUCUUCUGUCAUCCACAAAAUGACAGUUUCUGUUGCCUUUUUAGUUGUAUAUUUGUCUUUUCUUCCUGCGCAUGUACAUCUGUUCUCAAAAAAACCAUGUCAAUAAAUGAACCCUGAAAAAUGUAAA